AUGAUCGAAGUCCACAAAAGCCGGAUUCACUACAAGUUUCUUUAUGACAUAGGCCGAAACGGAAAGAGACAUUUGUCGGGCGGCCGGGGUCAUAGUGCACGGGGCCAAUUGACGUCUACGCUGAACCCUUUAGGGUGGACCAUUCCGGUCCUGCCCGAGAUUGACGAUUUGACAAUAGGGGGUUUGGUAAUGGGAACCGGAAUCGAGUCAACUUCACAUAAGCACGGACUGUUCCAGCACAUUUGCGUGUCGUACGAGCUUGUCCUUUGCGACGGAAGCGUCGUGAAGUGCACGAAGGAUGAGAACCAUGAACUGUUCGAGUCGGUGCCUUGGUCGUACGGCACCCUGGGUUUUCUGACUGCAGUCGAGAUUAUGAUGGUACCGGCGAAGAAGUAUGUCCGGCUGAAGUACGAGGCCGUCAAUGGGUGCGCCACAAUGGUCGAGGAAUUCGAGAAGGCAAGCGCGGAUCCUGGCAACGAAUUCGUGGAGGGUAUUAUGUUUAGCGAGAAUCAGGGAGUCAUAAUGACCGGAAACCUUACCGAUACACCUGAGCACAAUAAGGUAAACUCAAUUGGCAACUGGUACAAGCCCUGGUUCUUUGUGCACGUCAGAAACAUGCUCGGACGUGAAUCCGCCAUUGAAUACAUUCCUUUGAGGGAUUACUACCAUAGGCACACGAGAUCGAUCUUUUGGGAAUUACAAGACAUCAUUCCAUUUGGUAAUAACCCGGUGUUUCGGUAUUUGUUGGGUUGGAUCGUACCGCCGAAGAUUUCUCUACUGAAGUUAACUCAAACAGAAGCAGUGAAGAGGCUCUACGAAAACUGCCACGUGAUCCAGGAUAUGCUUGUACCUAUGAAAUCGAUGGAGGAAUGCAUCCGCGCCAUACACGACAACCUGAAAGUAUAUCCUCUAUGGUUGUGCCCGUUCGUGUUGCCACCGGGUUCCGGCAUGGUAAAGCCCCGUUCCGAAGGUGCUGAAAUGUACGUGGACAUCGGAAUUUACGGAACGCCGACCGCCCAGGACUUCCAGCCCAUGGAGAGCACGAGAACAAUCGAAAAUUUGGUGAUGGAAUCGAACGGUUUUCAGAUGCUGUAUGCGGAUACCUACACCACGCGCCAGGAAUUCAGAAGAAUGUUUGACCAUUCGCUGUACGACAAACUACGCGUCGAUCUGCAAUGCGUGGACGCCUUCCCCGAAGUCUACGACAAAGUCUCCAAACAGUCACGUGUUUAGCCUCAUGCCAACUCACGUGACACAACCGUACCAUACAAAGCUGAAAUCUAUUUAUAUACAUAGAUGAACGUGAUUCAAAACAACAGUUUCUAUAGUAUAAUAAUAUAUGUAAUUACCCACAUUUACCGACGUAAUCGCUGCGGUUUACAUAACAACGCAUUCUUCGCUUCAACCACGAGGAUUCAGAAAAAUGAUUAACAAACUGUAUCAUCGCUACGAGGUGUUUGUUGAAUUCAUUCUUAUUGAGUCAUCAGCUAUAUCCGUUUUUAAAUCACAAUGGUUGUUUUUUUUUUGCAAAAUUGU